AUGGACUUAGCCAGGAGCGUCGACGAUGUUCUACGCCUCCCUCCCGACAAUGCCGAGGCCGAUUGUUUGAUCUACUCGUCACUGCUCCAGCGCCUGGGACGCUCCUCGUCGCUGGAAGGAGGCAGGAGAAUCCACCGGCAUUUGGCGACUGCCGGGCAGGAUCGGUGCAAUACUUUCCUUGGAAAUCACUUGAUCAACAUGUAUGGGAAGUGCGGGAGCAUCGAUGACGCGCGGAGGGUCUUCGAGGGCAUUCUCCAACCGAAUGUUUUCUCGUGGAACACCAUGAUCGCUGCAUAUACCCAGAAUGGGCAUUUUGACGAGGCGAGGCGGGUGUUUGGGGAGAUGCCGAGGAAGAAUGUGGUGUCGUGGAACACACUCUUGGCGGCGUAUUCAGAGAGAGGGAUGUUGUGCGAGGCGAAGGAAAUGUUUGACAAGAUGCCGCAAAAAGAUGUCAUUUCGUGGAACUCGCUGGUCACAGCAUAUGCCCAGAAUGGGCAUAUUUUGGUAGCGAGAGGCUUGUUUGAGAAUAUGCCCACCCGCGACGCGGCUUCGUGGAACACCAUGAUCGCGGCCUAUGCUCAUGCGAAGCAUGGCAGCGAGGAAGCCCUCACGCUUUUCAAGAGAUUGAUCGCGAGCCCCGUGCGUCCCGACGACAUCACAUUCCUGAGUGUGAUCGAGGCGUGCUCGGAUCUGGAAAACGGGCAAUUCAUCCACUCGAGCUUCAUCAAUACCAAGGUGAGAUCGCCGCUCAAGGUAGAAAACGCGCUCAUCAACCUCUACGGUACCAAGCUCCAGCGCGUCGCCGCCGCAAGGGAGAUCUUCGACACAAUGCGCGAGCGCGACUUGAUCUCCUGGAACACGAUGAUCGCGGCAUAUGCCCAGUCUGGGGAUGGCGAGGAAGGCAUCCAUCUUUUCCGGAUCAUGGAUCUCUACGGCGAGGCCCCGGACUCCAUCACCCUCAUCGCGGUGCUGGACGCUUGCACCGCCGUGCGAUCCUUGGAGCGCGGCAAAACCAUCCACGCUGCGAUACGCGCUGGGACGAGACUUGAUCUUACCACGCACCUCCUCGUUCUCACGGCGCUGGUAAACAUGUAUGGCAACCUCGGCUGCGUGGAGCUGGCCAUGGAGGCGUUCCAGGGGAUCCAGCGCAGGGACGUGACGGCCUGGACGGCGGUGAUCGUCGCCCACGCACGGAAUGGCCAUGGCGGCGCGGCGCUGGAGCUGUUUCGAGAGUUUGGGCUCGAGGGGAUGCAGCCGGAUGCCGUGGCGUUCCUCUCCAUCUUGACGGCAUGCAGCCACGCGGGGCUCUUGUACAGCGGCCGGGACUUCUUCGUGGCCUUGCAUGGCGACUACAACGUCGGGGUUACGUUGGAGCACUACCGGUGUGUGAUUGAUAUGCUGGGAAGGCUCGGGCAAUUGGAGCUCGCCGAGGAGGUGAUCCGGGGGAUGCCGUUCAAGGCCGACUUUGUUUCGUGGGUAACUUUGCUGGGCGCUUGCAAGACGCAGGGAGAUGCCCAUCGGGGGCAAAGGGUGGCGGAGGCUGCGUCGAGUUUGGAUCCAGGGGUGGCGUCGCCAUAUGUGUAUCGCUACUAUGGAAGUUAG